UGGAGCAGGAGUGGCCGAGCAGGUUAAGGGAGGGUGUCCGCGGCCGUGCAGCAGAGCUGGAACAAAUAAUCCUAAAAUUUGUAUGGAACCAGAGAAGACCCUGAAUAGCCGAAGGAAUGUUCAAAGAGAAAAUCGCCUUUCCCUUUACUCCGGACUCACAUGCACCAGCCUUCUCAGCACCCCACUCCCUCGGAUGCCUCAUGGGCCUGUGAUGCUUAUGGCUGGAACAGCACUCUCAAGCUGACCUCUCAGACGGCCCCCCAGUUUCCCCCACCUCAGCAAAUGGCAUCUGCCUAGGCCCCAGUGUCGCCCUUCAUUUCUCCCCUCACAUCCCACCUCCAGUCCAUCAGCGGGUCAUGCCACCUCUCCUUUUCACAUGUGGAAGCCGAACCCUUCACAAGCUUCCUGUUCCCCAUCCAGACUUCCCUCGUCACCAGCUCGGGCUUUGCCGUGGCCUCCUUACCGCUCCAUCCCCUCAGUCUCUCCCCCACACAGCAGACCCCGCUGUUAGGAACUGUAAAUCGGGUGGUGGCAGUCCCCUGACAGCCCCCUGUCCGGGCUUCCCAGUACAUGCAAGCCACUAGCUUACACAAGGCCCGUUUGACCUGGCCCGGCACCUCACGGCCUUCAGUGUCUGCUUGGCUUGGCUUCUCUUGCCACUCUCAGCACUCUGCAGCCCCUGCACUUGCAAAUCCCUCCCCCCCAGAUCCAGAGGUACCCACGUCCUCACAUCGCUGCCCACAUGUUCCCAGGGAGGCCUUCUCUGCCCCCACUAUCUAAAAUAACCCUAGACCCCUCUUCUCCAAGCUCUGUCCCCUUCCUUGCUUUAUUUUCCUCAUACCUGAAAUUACUGCCAUUCCUUUUUGAGCAACUCCAGCGUGCCGGGCCCUGGCCUAGGCACUGGGGGUGCCAGGGGACAGGUGUUCUCCUGUUUACAGGUGGGAUGUGCAAGUCAGGUAGUGGUUAGUGCUUUUGAGAAAAAUAAAACAGGACAAAAGACUAAGCAGUGACGGGACUGACCCCGUACAAAGGGUAGUCAGGGCAAGUCUCUCUGAAGGUGUGAUACUUAAGCAACCUGAAGGAGAUGGGGACAUCUGGAGGGUGUCCGCAAGAUUUUUGCUGUGAGAAUUAACAGUAACCAUUCAAUAUGGGGGAUGUUCUGGCUCAUGAAUCAGAAUUACUUGGACUUGUGAAAGAGUAUUUAGAUUUUGCUGAAUUUGAAGACACCUUGAAAACAUUUUCAAAAGAAUGCAAAAUAAAAGGAAAGCCAUUAUCUAAAACAGCAGGUGGCUGUUUAAGGGACUCCAAAUCAUUGAUCAUCCAGAAGGACCUCGUUGCUGCAUUUGACAGUGGUGACCAGAAGGUGUUCUUCAAUUUGUGGGAGGAGCAUAUUCCCAGUUCCAUCCGAGAUCGUGACUCCCUUGCCCAGAAGUUGGAAUUCUAUCUUCACAUCCAUUUUGCCAUCUAUCUUCUGAAACACUCCAUAGGGAGACCUGACAAAGAGGACCUGGAAGAGAGGAUUUCUUAUUUCAAAACCUACCUGGAGACCAAAGGGGCAGCGCUGAGCCAGACCACGGAGUUUCUCCCUUUCUAUGCUCUGCCUUUUGUUCCCAACCCCAUGGUCCACCCCUCCUUUAAAGAGCUCUUCCAGGAUUCUUGGACUCCAGAAUUAAAGUUGAAGUUGGAAAAGUUUCUGGCUUUAAUUUUUAAAGCCAGUAACACGCCAAAGCUUUUAACAUUAUACAAGGAGAACGGACAAAGUCAUAAAGAGAUGUCACAGCAGCUCCACCAGCAGCUGGUAGAAGCCGAGCGAAGGUCAGUGACGUACCUGAAGCGCUACAACAAGAUUCAGGCAGACUACCACAAUCUCAUCGGGGUCACAGCAGAGCUGGUGGAUUCUCUGGAGGCCACCGUCAGUGGCAAGAUGAUCACCCCGGAGUACCUCCAGAGCGUGUGUGUCCGUCUCUUCAGUGACCAGAUGCGGCAGAGCCUGGCCCACAGCGUGGACUUCACGAGGCCUGGGACGGCUUCAACCAUGUUAAGAGCCUCCUUGGCACCCGGGAAACUGAAGGAUGUCCCAUUGCUGCCCUCCUUGGAUUAUGAGAAACUGAAGAAGGAUUUGAUUUUGGGGAGUGACCGCUUGAAAGCCUUCUUGUUGCAGGCUCUGCGCUGGCGCUUGACCACAUCCCUUCCUGGAGAGCAGAGGGAGACCGUUCUGGAAGCCUACAUCGGCAACGACCUCCUGGAUUGUCACAGCCACAGCCAGAGGAGAGUGCUCCAGCUGCUGCACUCCAGGAGCGAGGUGGUGCGGCAGUACAUGGCCCGGCUCGUCAACGCAUUCGCAUCCCUGGCAGAAGGUCGCCUCUACCUGGCCCAGAGCACAAAGGUGCUGCAGAUGCUGGAGGAAAGGCUGAAGGAGGAAGAUGAGGACAUCGUCACCCGCGAGAACGUUCUCGGGGCCUUGCAGAAGUUCAGCCUCAGGCGCCCGCUGCAGACAGCGAUGAUUCGAGAUGGCCUCAUCUUCUGGCUGAUUGAUAUUCUGAAGGACCCCGAUUGCCUGUCGGACUAUACACUGGAGUACUCGGUGGCUUUGCUCAUGAACCUCUGCCUCAGGAGUGCAGGGAAGAACAUGUGUGCCAAGGUGGCGGGUCUGGUGCUAAAAGUUCUUUCGGAUCUGCUCGGCCAUGAGAACCACGAGAUACAGCCGUAUGUGAAUGGAGCUCUGUACAGCAUCCUUUCUAUUCCAUCCAUUCGUGAGGAAGCAAGAGCAAUGGGAAUGGAGGACAUCCUUCGCUGCUUCAUCAAAGAAGGCAAUGCUGAGAUGGUCCGCCAGAUUGAAUUCAUCAUCAAGCAGCUUAAUUCAGAAGAGCUACUGGAUGGUGUUCUUGAAUCUGACGACGAUGAAGAUGAAGAUGAUGAAGAGGACCAUGAUACUAUGGAAGCUGAUCUGGACAAAGAUGAGCUGAUCCAGCCCCAGCUUGGAGAGCUCUCAGGCGAGAAGCUUCUGACCACGGAGUACUUGGGAAUUAUGACGAACACAGGGAAGGCAAGGCGGAAGGGCCUGGCCAGUGUGCAGCAGAGUGCCGACGAGCCCCUGCGCCGGCCCGUCACCCCCGGCGGCCACAGGACCGGGUACCCAGUUCUGGAAGACCAUCCCAUUUCGCCCCAGAUGGCCCAGCCUGCCCAAAACGGCAGCCUCCCAUCCCUGACAAGCGCCCACCCUCCCGUCUACAAGGGGGCUGAGCCCGGUGCUUCGGAGCCUUGCAUCUCCUCUUCAGCCACCGUGGACAUCAAGCCAGGAGAAUGGUUGCCAGCAGGACAUCAGGGAGAGGCUCGCCUGCCCUCCUCGGAGGUCCCCAACCAGACCCCAGGCAGUGGAGAGACCACCAGGGAAUUUACAUCAGCCUUCACCUGCAAGCCCCGGACCCCCAGUGCCCCAGAGAUCCUGGACCUGUACCCACCCAAGGCCAAGGCAUCCGCUCUGGCCCCUCAGUUCUCUUCGUGCAGCCCCCAGCAAGCCAGCCGCCCCAGCUCCAUGUCGGCCUCCACGAGGGGCCCACAGAGCAGCCCAUCUUACAGGAAGUGAGGAUGGUUCCUUCCCCGGUGUCACCAUCCCGUUGCCCGAGGACCAGCCAGCUUCCCCUUCUCGGCCAGCCAGCGGCUGCAGGUGACAGAUGUGGAGAGACGGUUGUCUGCGAGCCGCCAGGUGGCUUCAGGAGCGGAGGCGAGGCUGCCUCCCACGACACGGGCUCCUGUCACUGUCCUUCUCUGGUUGCCCUCUCACGCACAGAGGAGCGUAGCUGGGUGGGCAGCGCGGGGCCAACCAGCGAGCCAUUCAUCUUGGGAGCCUGUGCAGAGGAGAGGGGGACUGAACACGCAGCCAGGGACAGGGGGCCUCGGCCUCAGUGGAAACUUUCUCCGUCCAACCUGGAGAAAACCAAAGGGAUUUAGAAUAAGGGAAACCCAUUCUCAAGCCAUAUUCCUAAGCAGCAGAUCUGACGUUCUCUUCCUUUUUUGAAACCUGGUAAGAAUAUGGUCUAGUCCCAUAUAGAGCCUGGCAGAUACAGCCGUUCCUGAUCUCCUGCACACGUGGUUUAAAGGCCUCAUAGGGUUGACCAGUGUACCCCGCCUCCCCCUUCCCUCCUCCUCUAAGACUGCAAACCCAAACAGUUCCAAUGGCAAGAUGUCUGGUCUCCACUGGGAAGGACUGUGCUGGCCCCUUGCGGAGGGUGACAUCAGAGCCCAUGUCUGAGGACAGAGCCAGCAAUGUCCCCCAAGCGAGGAGCAGGAUCUGACCUCUCCUAAAAUAGGAGUAUUGAAAUAAAAGCAA